AGAAGGGGACUUGCAGAGUUUGGACAAGAGCUCCCGACACCGCAGCUGAGCUGAGCUCCUUCAAACUUCAGAACAAGAGUGUGAGAAGCUCAGAAGGUCCAAAAGGGCGGUGGAGGUCACAUUGAAGGGAGCGAGAGCAUCUUUGACAGCAUCUACACUUUUCCACCGUUUUUCUCCUUUAAACAAAAGGAAGACAAUAUUAUCUUUUUCAUCACUAUCUUGUUACUGUUUUUAGCGAGCCAAUGUCUCUCCCUUUACCUCAAGAUUCAUCCUGAGGUUCUGAGCGGAGACACAAACUAUUACAACUUUGUUGGCGACAAGUCAUAGACCGUUCGGUCUGAAAAUGGGCAUCAAGCGUGUGCCAUUGUUGCUUGUGCAGGUACUUCUCCUGGUGGCUGUGUCCUCCGGGCAGAACACGGGGACCGAGGGGACAAAAGAGGAGAUCCCAGAAGGAGCGUCCACCCUGGCGUUCGUCUUUGAUGUCACCGGUUCCAUGUACGAUGAUCUCGUGCAGGUUAUUGAAGGGGCAUCCAAGAUUUUGGAGAUGUCGCAGAGUAGAACAAAGAGACCCCUCUACAACUAUGCAUUGGUUCCUUUCCACGACCCGGAAAUAGGACCGGUAACCAUCACAACGGAUCCAAAGAAGUUUCAGUUUGAACUGAGGGAGCUGUACGUCCAGGGAGGUGGAGACUGCCCAGAAAUGAGCAUUGGCGCCAUCAAGAUCGCCCUGGAGAUCUCCCUGCCAGGGUCCUUCAUUUACGUGUUCACAGAUGCUCGAUCCAAAGACUACAAGCUGACCCAGGAGGUCCUGCAGCUCAUCCAGCAGAAACAGUCUCAGGUGGUGUUUGUGCUGACAGGGGACUGUGAUGACCGGGCUCACAUUGGGUACAAGGUCUACGAAGAGAUCGCCUCCACCAGCUCUGGACAGGUGUUCCACCUGGACAAGAAACAAGUCAACGAGGUGUUGAAAUGGGUGGAAGAGGCAGUGCAGUCGUCCAAGGUCCACCUGCUGUCCACUGACCACUACAACGGGGUCAGCAACACCUGGCCGAUCCCCUUUGACCCCAGCCUGAAGGAGGUCACUGUGGCACUCAGCGGCCCCGCACCUGACAUCGAGAUACGCAACCCCCAGGGGAAGCUCGUCGGGAAGAGCGAUGGUCUGACGGAACUCCUGCACAUUCCUAACUCUGCCAGAGUCGUCAACAUCAAGGAUCCGGAGCCUGGAAUGUGGUCCAUUAAGACGUCUAGCGAGGGCAGACACUCAGUCCGGAUCUCAGGAGUCAGCACCAUCGACUUCCGGGCCGGAUUUUCCAGGAAGCCCACUCUGGACUUCAAGAUGACCUCCAGCCGGCCAGUUCAAGGUAUCGCCACUUACAUCCUGCUGAACACCACAGGGCUGUCCCAUCCGGCGCGAGCUGAUAGGCUGGAGCUUGUAUCAAUCACAGGCGGUGUGAUUAAGACUCUCCCAGUGCGGUACUAUCCCAACACUGGGACGGGAAGUCCCCUGACAGGAACCAUCUGGAACAUCACAGAGUUUGUCCCGCCGAAAGAGGCCUUCUUCCUGCGGGUCACAGGUUAUGACAAGGACGGCUUCCUGUUCCAGAGGGUCUCCAGUGUGUCGUUCUCCAGUAUUGUUCCUGAUGCACCUAAGGUUGUGAUGCCCCCCACCACCCCGGGGUACUACCUGCAGAGAGGGACCAUCUCCUGCCAGGUAGACAGCCUCCUCCCCUUCACCCUGCGCUUCACCAGGGAGGGGAAAAGCCUGGGUGUCGAUCAGCUAUUCAGGGAGUCAGCCAAUGCAUUGUGGGAGCUGGCCCAGGUGACUCUGACGGAUGAGGGCUUCUACGAGUGCAUCGCCAUCAGCAACGCUGGGACAGGGCACGCCCGAACCUUCCUGGAUGUCUCAGAGCCCCCUCCAGCAAUCACAGUGGGCGGUAAUGUGACAGCAACUCCAGGUUCCAGUGCUGUUCUGACCUGCCAUGUGGCCAGUACGGUCCAGUUCAACCUGAGCUGGCACAGAGGGGGUGUGGACGCCCGGCUAGACCCCCGCCGGCGCCCCCUGGGCAACCUCUCACUGGACAUAAACUCCAUUGGCCCUGACGACGCCGGCUGGUAUGAGUGUGUCGCCACCAACGAGGGAGGAGUUUCAAUCGAACGCAUCUACCUCAUCGUGCAAGAGCCCCCCCAGGUGUCAGUGGACCCCCGGCACCAGACCUUUACCACGGGACAGGAAGUGAGGAUCAGGUGCUCGGCCAGAGGUUACCCCACCCCCCACCUGGUCUGGACACACAACGACAUGUUCCUCAUGGGUUCCAGCAGACACAGAAUGACCCCUGAUGGGAGUCUGAUCAUCAGGAACAUGGAACAGAAGGAUGCUGGGGUGUACGGCUGUCUGGCCAGCAACCUGGCUGGGACAGACACUCAAACAUCCGUCCUCACCUAUAUCGAGUCCCCUGUGGUGAUCGUGGUGCUGAGUGAGAUUCUGAUUGGUCUAGGAGAAACCACCAUCUUGGCAUGCUCCGCCUCAGGGAUCCCCCAGCCGGAGAUCAGGUGGUUCAAAGGCGACCUGCAGCUGCGGCCAUCAUCCUACAUGGAUAUUGACCCCCUGGGAGGGACUCUGACGAUCAAGGAGACACAGGACGUUGACGCGGGGGACUACAACUGUGUGGCUGCGAACCCUUCAGGAACCUCCUCACCUGGGAAGAUCACCCUGGAUGUAGGAUCUGCACCCCAGUUCACCAGAGAACCGUCUGACGUGGCGGCGGACAUUGGCUCUAACGUGACCCUGCCGUGCCACGUGCAGGGGUACCCCGAACCCCAGAUCACCUGGAGGAGGGAGGACAACACACCCAUCUUCACCAGACGCCCCACACACAGCACCAUCACACAGAAGACAGGAGGGGACCUGCAAAUCAGCAAUCUGUGGGUGGAGGAUGAGACGGUGUAUGUGUGUGAGGCCCAGAACCAGUUUGGGAGGAUCCAGACACACGCCAGAGUCACUGUCACCGGACUGGUGUCCCCGGUGAUUGGCCACAGUCCGGGGGUGCUGAAUGUGAUCAAGGAGCAGCAGGUGACUCUGCCCUGUGUGCUGCUGGCGGGAAACCCCCUACCUGAGAGACGCUGGCUACACAACCACGGCCUGGUGAGCUCCAGCCCGUAUGUGACGGUGCGUAGAGACGGCAGCCUGCAUAUAGAACACGUUCGUCUGGAGGACGGAGGGGAAUACACCUGCCUGGCAGAGAACGUGCUGGGCUCCAGCAACCGCACCACCACCCUCAACAUCUAUGUGAUGCCUACCAUCCAACAUGGCCCUCAGGUCUUCAGUACCAUAGAGGGCACCCCCAUCUCCCUACCCUGUCGUGCCGACGGAGUGCCCACGCCCGACAUCACCUGGUCCAAGCGAGGGGAGCUGUUGAACGUCGGUGGUCUGUCUUUCUCUCUGCGGUCUGACGGCAGCCUCCACAUCACCUCCCCCACCGGGGAAGAGUCUGGGGAGUUUGUCUGCACUGCAACCAACGCAGCCGGCUACAGGUCCAAGAAGGUCCAGCUCACUGUCUACGUGCGUCCCAGGCAGAGCGGGGUCUCUGGAGCGGUGGGGAGCAACGGUGGGGCCCUGGAGGUGUCUGUCAUCGAGGGAGAGGACGUGACCCUGCCCUGUGAGGUCCAAAGUAUCCCCCCUCCAAUCAUCACCUGGGCCAAGGAGAAACAGCUCAUCUCCCCCUUCUCACCCAGACACACCCAGAUGCCCUCUGGUUCCAUGAAGAUCCUGGAGAGUCGGGUGUCAGAUAGUGGUCUGUAUGUGUGUGUGGCCUCUAACAUCGCAGGCAACUUCACCCAGAACAUUCUCCUCAGUGUCCUCGUGCCCCCCAGUAUCCAAGCUGGCCCGAGGGUGUUGAAGGUGCAGGUGGAGCAUCCUGUGGAUAUUCCCUGCGUGGCACGGGGGGUUCCACAGCCCUUCCUGGCCUGGCUGAAGGAUGGCGCCGCCCUGGUGGUGGACGGGACACAGUAUAGGACCUCCCUCGAUGGCUCUCUGACCUUAGGCCAGGUGGGGCUGAGUGAUCAAGGGACUUACACCUGCCUGGCCACCAGCAUCGCUGGAACAGACCAGGCCAAUAUACAGCUGCAGGUGCAAGUUCCCCCCGUGGUUGAUGUCCUGGAGCCCCCCUUCAACAGCCCCCACCAGGAGAGAGUAGCAAACCAGCGCAUCGCCUUCCCCUGCCCAGCCAAAGGCACUCCUACCCCCGUGAUCAAGUGGUUGCGUAACGGUCAGGAGCUGACAGGGAACGAACCCGGUUUGACCAUCAUGGAGGAUGGAACCCUUCUCAUACUGGCAUCGGUGUCUCAGCUGGACAACGGAGAGUAUGUCUGCACUGCCGCCAACGAGGCUGGCACCACCCAGAAGAAGUACCAGCUCAAAGUCAACGUGCCCCCAGAUCUCCGUGACAACGGGUCGCCGGGCAACGUGUCGGUGGUUCUGAACCAGCCCACCAACCUGGUGUGUGAUGUCACAGGAAGUCCUGUUCCCGUCAUCACCUGGUACAAGGAUGGCGUUCCUGUGGUUCCCAGUAGCAGUGUUCAGAUCUUGCAGCGUGGGAAGACCCUGAGGCUAUUGAAGGCCGCCAUGGCAGACACAGGAAGUUAUAGCUGCAAGGCCAUAAACAUCGCAGGAAGUACAGAGAAGGACUUCCUUCUGGAAGUGCUGGUCCCCCCCACCAUCGUAGGGACUGGCUCCCCUCGGGAUGUGUCGGCAGUGCUCAACCAGGAGAUCAGUCUGGACUGUAAAGUCAAAGGAACUCCCUUUCCCACAAUCCAGUGGUACAAAGACAGGAAACUGGUGUUUCUAGGUGACCCCAACAUAGAGGUCAGCAACAAGGGCCAGACAUUGAAAAUAAAGAGUGCUCGCCUCGGAGACCAGGCACACUACCAGUGUAGUGUCACCAACGCAGCGGGCAAACAGACCAAAGACUUCAACCUCAGUGUCUACGUCCCUCCCACUAUAAAGGGUGGUAACGUGACCUCAGAGGUCACCACCCUCCUGGAUAAUGUAGUAAUGCUGGAGUGUGAGGCGCGCGGCGUACCGCUCCCCGCUAUCACCUGGUACCGUAACGGAGAGGCCAUCCUGUCCAGCUACCAGGCACAGUACGUGGACCGAGGUCACUUCCUGCGGAUCCCACGCGCCCAGGCAUCUGACACUGGUCAGUUCAGCUGCAGGGUCACCAGUGUGGCGGGCACUGCAGAGAAGAACUUUGAGCUGGACGUGUACCUUCCUCCUUCCAUCAAGGGGGGGCAGGACACCGCUACAGAGAGAAAGGUAGUACUCACUAAGCCCCUUAACCUGGAGUGUGAGGUAGGGGGGCACCCUCCACCCACCCUGACAUGGUUGAAGGAUGGCGUACCCGUCCGGAAUGGGGAGAGCAUCAACAUUCUGGAGCAAGGCCGGAAAAUCGAGAUCCUCUCUGCUUCUGUGUCCGACGCCGGCCGCUAUGUCUGCGUGGCAACCAGCGUUGCCGGGGAGAAGGAGAUCAACUAUGACGUCAGUGUCCUAGUUCCCCCUGUGGUGGAGGGAGGGGAGGAGGUCACAGACACCACGGUCAUCAUCAACAACCUCCUGGAACUAGAGUGUCGUGCCACGGGAACACCUUCACCCAUCCUCACGUGGUUUAAGGACGGUCAGCCGGUCAGGCAGGGUGAGGGGGUAAGGGUCACGGCUAACGGCCGUCGGCUGGUCAUCUCUCGGCCCCAGGUCUCAGACACGGCACGCUUCCAGUGUGUCGCAACCAACGAGGCUGGAGACCAUAAGAGGGACUUCAAUGUGGCCGUCCAUGUCCCUCCAUCCAUCCGCUCCACCGGUGCCUCUGAGAGGUCUGUGGUCCUCCACAAGCCCAUCAGCCUCCAGUGUGUUCCCAAUGGCACCCCUCUCCCCAGCAUCACCUGGCUCAAAGAUGGCCGCCCUGUGGACACCGCCCAGGAGCACCUGAAGCUGGAGUCGGCCGGUAGGACACUGCAUAUCACGGAGGCCAGACUAGAGGAUGCUGGGAGAUAUACAUGUGUGGCAACGAACGCAGCAGGAGAGACCCAGCAACACAUCCGCCUCAGUGUCCAUGAGCCUCCAACCGUCCCUUAUUCUGGAGAGACCUUCAAUGAGACCAUCAUAGCAGGCUACCCCAUCCAGCUGGAGUGCAAGGCCACAGGGAGUCCAGUUCCUGCCAUUACCUGGUACAAGGACGGUCGCCCUCUAACCAGCGCAGCCGGGGUGACCAUCCUGAAGCGCGGUCAGCUGCUGGAGAUCGACCGUGCUCAGCUGUCCGACGCCGGGCUGUACCGGUGUAUAGCGGUCAACGUAGCCGGAACCUCAGAGCUCUCUCACAGGCUGCAGGUGUACGUGCCCCCUGCCAUCUCCAGCCGCAGUGCCAUGGUGACGGUGGUGGUGAACGACCCUGCCAGGCUGGAGUGUGAGGCCACCGGCGUUCCUCUGCCAAGUCUCACCUGGCUCAAAGAUGGCAGCCCUGUUGCCAGUGUCUCCGAUGGCAUACAGGUGUUGUCCGGUGGUACAGUGCUGUCUCUCAGCAGUGCUCAGGUCAGUGAUACAGGGAAGUACACCUGUGUGGCCGUCAACGCAGGAGGAGAGCAGCAGAGAGAAUAUGACCUGAGGGUGUACGUGCCACCCAACAUCAUGGGUGAGGAGGUGAAUGCCACUGUAAUGCUGGGUCGCUCGGUAGAGCUGCGUUGCCAGAGUGACGCGAUCCCUCCUCCCACUCUGUCCUGGCGCAAAGAUGGCCGCCCGCUCUUCAGGAAGCCAGGACUGACCGUGUCGGAGGAUGGGAGUGUGCUGAAGAUUGACAGUGCUCAGGUGCAGGACUCCGGCAGAUACACCUGUGAGGCCACCAAUAUCGCUGGCAAGACUGAGAAGAACUACAACCUCAAUGUCUGGGUCUCUCCCAGUAUCCGGGGUUCAGAGGAUGUGUCUCCCAUGACAGUGAUUGAGGGAAGUCUGAUCACUCUAGUGUGUGAGUCCAGUGGCAUUCCACCUCCCAGCCUCACUUGGCGCAAGAAUGGUUCAGAGUUGAAGUCGGACUCGAGGGUCCGGGCCCUGUCGGGGGGUCGUCAGCUACAGAUCUCCGGUGCUGAGAGGACAGACUCCGCCUCUUACACCUGCAUCGCCUCCAACGCCGCCGGCAACGCAGCCAAGGAGUACAGCCUGCAGGUGUAUGUCCGCCCUUCCAUCAGACUCAGUGAGGGGACCGCAGGAAAUGACAUCACCAUGACGAGGGGAGGAGACAUCACCCUGCAGUGCGAGGCUGACGGCGUGCCCCGCCCAGCGAUCACAUGGCUGAAGGACGGUAGACCAAUCACAGGCCAGCGUGGGGCUCAGGUGCUAAAUGAGGGGCGGCUACUACAAAUUAAGGACGCCAAGGUUUCGGACACGGGGCGCUACACGUGUGUGGCGGUGAAUGUGGCGGGACAGGCCGACAGCAAGCAUGAUGUCAACGUACACGUCCCCCCCAGUAUCAGUGGUCAGACCCAGGUCCCAGAGAAUGUGAGUGUGGUGGUGAACAACCCUGUGGCUCUGACCUGUGAGGCCUCCGGCAUCCCCCUUCCUGCUAUCACCUGGCUGAAGGACGGACGGCCAAUCAGAGCCUCCAGCUCUGUCCGCGUCCUCUCAGGAGGGCGGAGCCUUCGUUUGAUGCACGCAGCAGUGGAGGAUGCUGGGAUAUACAGCUGCAUUGUGUCCAACACGGCCGGAGAGGAGAGGAAGAACUUUGACCUGGACAUCCUGGUCCCCCCUAGCAUUGUGGAUGAAGGCACGGUGCAGGAUGCCAAGGUCAAGGAGAAACACAACGUGACCCUGACCUGUGAGGUUGCAGGUAACCCAGUGCCGGAGAUCACCUGGCUGAAGGACGGACAGUCAUUAGGGACAGACAGACGUCACCAGGUGUUGUCUCACGGACGGUACCUGCAGAUAUCUGGUGCCCAGGUGGAUGACACGGGCAGGUACAGCUGCCUGGCACACAACAGAGCAGGAGACCGCAGCAGACACUUCAACCUCAAUGUACUGGUGUCCCCCACCAUCGUGGGCUCAGGUCCCGAGGGCUCGGCUGAAGAGGUGACGGUCACCCUGAGCAGCCCCACGUCUCUGGUGUGUGAGGUGCAGUCCUACCCCCCUGCCCUCAUCACAUGGCUCAAGGAUGGAACGCCGUUGGAGUCCAGCCACAACGUCCGAGUGCUGCCAGGUGGGCGGACCCUGCAGAUCCUGAACGCCAAGGAGGAGGAUGCUGGGAGGUACACAUGUGUGGCCACUAAUGAGGCUGGAGACAGCCUGAAGAACUACGAGGUCAAAGUUUACAUUCCUCCCCAAAUCAAUAAGAAUGAUGUCCCAGGUGAGGGACUGGCCCCCAAGGAGGUCAAGAUAAAGGUCAACAACACUCUGACCCUGGAGUGUGAGGCUCAGGCCAUCCCUACACCCUCACUGCAAUGGUACAAAGAUGGACAGGUGCUAAGGGCAGAUGACCAUGUGACAAUUAAUGCCAACGGUCGUACUGUCAGGAUCAAACAUGCUCAGGUGUCCGACACUGGACGCUACACCUGCGUAGCAACCAACAUCGCCGGGGAGGACGAGAAGGACUUUGAUAUAAAUAUACAAGUCCCUCCUAGUUUCCAGCGUCCCGGUGGGGUGGGAGAUACCACCUCGACACCAGGCACUGGGGGUGAUGUUAAGGAUGUGGUACUAAACAACCCUAUCUCUCUGUACUGUGAGACCAACGCUGUUCCCCCGCCCACACUCACCUGGUACAAAGAUGGACGCCCAAUGGCCUCCAACGAAAACGUGCUCAUCAUGCCUGGUGGGCGAGUGCUGCAGAUCCCCAGGGCUCAGGCUGAGGAUUCUGGGAGAUAUACUUGCUUGGCGGUGAACGAGGCGGGAGAGGACUCCAUCCAGUAUGACGUCAGAGUGCUGGUGCCCCCCUCAAUCCGCGGGGUGGACCGUGACCUACCUGAGGAGAUGGUGAUCCAGGUGAAUAAGACCACAGUGUUGGAGUGUCAAGCGGACGGAAGUCCCACCCCUAAAAUCACCUGGCUGAAGGACAGUCAGCCAAUAAGCCCUAAAGGACCCCACAGACUGUUGUCCAAUGGACGCUCCCUGCAGGUGGUGAAUGCCCAGGUGACAGACACAGGCCACUAUGUGUGUGUGGCUGAUAACCUGGCGGGAAGCGCAGAGAAAUCCUUCAAUCUCAACGUCCAUGUCCCCCCCACCAUAGUGGGAGCUAGCCCAGAGAAUGUGACGGUGGUGGUGAAUAACUUUGUGUCUCUGACUUGUGAGGCUACUGGGUUCCCCCCUCCCUCUCUGAGCUGGGUCAAAGACAGGAGUCCUGUACAGGCCAAUACCAACGCACUCAUCAUGCCAGGUGGACGCACCCUGCAGAUUCUGAGGGCUAAGAUGUCUGACGGGGGGAUGUACAGCUGUGUAGCCAUGAACCCCGCUGGAGAGGCCAGGAAACUCCUCCACCUCACUGUGUUUGUCCCUCCCAGUAUCAGAGACAGCAGUGGGGACUCUCCUGUGGUGGUGAAUGUGCGUGUGGGCAACUCAGUGACUCUGGAGUGUGAGUCCAACGCUGUGCCCCCUCCCACCAUCACCUGGUACAAGAACGGUCGGAUGGUGACAGAGUCUGCCAACCUCCGCAUCCUGGCACAGGGACAGAUGCUGGAGCUGAAGGGGGCAGAGGUGUCUGACACUGGCCAGUACGUCUGCAAGGCCACCAAUGUGGCCGGACAGGUGGACAAGAACUUCCACCUCAACAUCUACGUGCCCCCCAAUAUAGACGGUCCAGUGGAGGAGAAGAUAGUGGAGACCAUCAGCAACCCUGUCACCUUUGCCUGUGACGCCACGGGCAUCCCCCCUCCCAACCUCAUCUGGCUCAAGAACGGUCGGACCAUAGAGAACUCAGAGUCUCUGGAGCUGCACAUCCUGUCUGGAGGGAGUAAGCUGCAGAUCGCCCGCUCCCAGCUCUCAGACUCUGGCACCUACACCUGUAUGGCUUCCAACGUGGAGGGCAAGGCUCGAAAGAGUUACCACCUCACCAUACAAGUCCCUCCCAGCAUCUCAGGAUCGGAGAUGCCCAGUGAGGUGGGGGUGCUGCUGAAUGACAGCGUCCAGCUGGUGUGUCUCUCUCAGGGAACCCCGCCCCCCUCCAUCCAGUGGCUGAAGGAUGGAAAGGCCCUCAAGGCAGGAUCCAGGGGACUCAGGAUCAGUCUAGAUGGCAGCACUCUGACUGUGUCUGGAGCUCACACCUCUGACAGUGGGAAGUACACCUGUGUAGCCACCAACAAGGCUGGAGAAGAGGACCGGAUAUUCAACCUCAAUGUCUAUGUGCCUCCUGUGAUCAAGGGGAACAGUGAUACGGCUGUGGUUUUGACCACCGUUCUAGACAGCUCCAUCAACAUAGAGUGUAUUGCCGUGGGUUACCCUCCACCUCAGCUCAACUGGCUGAAGAACGGACUGCCUCUCCCUGUCUCCUCACAGAUACGCCUGCUCUCUGGCGGACAGGUGCUCAGGAUUGCGAGGGCUCAAGUCUCAGACGGCGGCACCUUUACCUGUGUGGCAUCCAACAGGGCUGGUGUGGACAACAGGCACUACAACCUACAGGUUCACGUUCCUCCCAGUCUGGACGGGGUGGGGAGUAAGGAGGAUGUGACGGUGGUGAGAGGGAACCUGGCCUCCCUACUAUGUAUAGCUGAUGGAACUCCAAGCCCCUCCAUGUCCUGGAUGAGAGAGGGGGAGGCCCUGGUCCCUGGACCCCACGUCAAGCUGCUCAAUGUGGGCACCACGGUACAGAUCAUCCAGGCCAGGGUGGAGGAUACGGGACGCUACACCUGUGUGGCAAGAAACAGCGCUGGCCAAGCCAGCCGACACUUCCACCUCAAAGUACUGGACCCCCCUCGUAUCAACGGUUCGGGCGUGGCAGCGGAGGUGUCUGUGGUAGUGAACCAUGUUCUGGAGCUGCUGUGUGAAGCCACAGGUAUCCCCGCCCCCACCCUCACCUGGAUGAAGGACGGACGGCCGCUCCCCCAGACAGACAGCCUGCGCGUCCUCAGAGGAGGGGAGGUGCUCAGGAUCUCCUCCCCACAGCUGGAGGACACAGGGAGGUACACCUGUCUGGCCAACAGUCCUGCAGGAGACGACGAUAAAGACUUCCUGGUCCGCGUGCAUGUUCCCCCUAACAUCGCUGGGGAGAGCACGCCACAGAAUGUGUCAGUGCUGCAGAACAGACAGGUGACUCUGGAGUGCAAGUCAGACGCUGUCCCUCCCCCAGCACUCACAUGGCUCAAAGACGGCAAGCCACUCCAGGCCUCCCCUCGUGUGCGUAUACUGUCCAAUGCGCGUUACCUCCAGAUCAACAUGGCUGAGCUGGGGGAUGGAGCUCAGUACACCUGUGUAGCCAGCAACAUUGCUGGCAAGACCACACGACAGUUCAACCUGGCUGUUAAUGUUGCUCCCACCAUAGCAGAGGGCCCUCUGACUGUAGCCGUCCACAUAGACCAGCCUGUGGUGUUGGAGUGUAUUGUGAGUGGAGUGCCCGCCCCCCGCGUCACCUGGAGGAAACAUGGAGCCAUUCUGGCAGGAACCAACCCCAGGUACAUGUUUGCUGAGGAUGGCUCGCUCCACGUCCCCUCAGCCCAGGUGACUGAUACAGGAAGGUAUCUGUGUAUGGCCACCAACCAGGCUGGGACACAACGCAAGAGAGUCGACCUGCAAGUCCACGUUCCCCCCUCUAUCUCCCGCGGUCCCACCAACAUAACCGUGACAGUGAACGUUCAGACUACCCUCUCCUGCGAGGCUACGGGCAUCCCCAAGCCCACGGUCAGCUGGACCAAGAACGGUCAAACACUCAACACAGACCACAACCAGAAUAUGUACAGGUUAUUGUCGUCAGGUUCUCUGGUGGUCAUAGCCCCCACAGUGGAGGACACAGCUGAGUAUGAGUGUGUGGUGUCUAACGAGGCCGGAGAGGAGGCCAGAGCCAUACAGCUCACUGUCCAGGUUCCUCCCUCCAUAGCGGAUGAAGCCACAGAGCUGGUGGUGAGCAGACUGUCCCCACUGGUGAUUGGCUGCACUGCGUCAGGAGUCCCAGAGCCCAUGCUGCACUGGAGUAAAGAUGGGAUGAAACUCCCCAAGGAGGGGAACAGUUACAGCAUCCUGUCCUCAGGUGCAAUAGAGAUCACGUCAUCUGAGCUGAGUCACUCUGGUCGUUAUUCCUGUGUGGCCAAGAACGCAGCAGGCUCCGCCCAUCGCCAUGUCCAGCUCACUGUACAGGAGGUGCCAGUGAUCCAGGUCCACCCCUCCACUAUGGAUGUGAUCGUUAACAACCCCAUCACCCUCCCCUGCAGAGCUACUGGCUCCCCUCUUCCCACCAUCACCUGGCAGAAAGAGGGCAUCAACAUCCCCAGCACCGAAGGUGUCUUCACCGUGCUGCCUAACGGUGGGCUGCAGAUCUCCAGAACUGCUGUGGUAGACUCAGGAACAUAUAUGUGUGUGGCCCAGAACCCUGCUGGCACCGCUCUGGGCAAGACCAAACUCAGAGUACAAGUCCCUCCAGUGAUCAGCUCCCAGACCCAGAGUUACCUGGUUACCCUGGACUCCUCUGUCACCAUGCUGUGCCAAGCUGAAGGCUCUCCCUCACCCUCCAUGGCCUGGCAUAAAGACGGCCAGCCUCUCAGCGAGUCUGUGCGCCAGCGGGUCCUGAGCUCAGGGUCUCUGCAGAUAGCAUUCGCCCAGCCCGGGGACACGGGUCGAUACACCUGCACCGCAGCUAACGCAGCUGGCACCAGCAGUCUGGAGAUGAGCCUAACUGUACAGAUCCCUCCCUCUAUCCGUAGAGGGGAGUCGGAGGUGUCUGUGGUGGAGAACAGCCAGGCCCAGAUAGCGUGCGUGGCAGAGGGGGUCCCCCAGCCCACCCUGUCCUGGGAAAAGGAGGGGACCCCCUUGAGUGACACCUCUGGAGAGUACACCAUCCUGCCUUCUGGGGAGCUGGUCAUCGACAUCGCUCAGCCUGAUGAUGAGGGCAGCUACACCUGUGUGGCCACUAACACGGUAGGUCAGGACAGCCAGACGGUCAGUUUGUCCGUCCACACCCAGCCUGCCUUCACUGAGCUGCUGGCAGACAUGGCCCUCAACAAGGGAGAGCGCCUAGUAAUGGCCUGUGGGGUCACCGGCAUCCCCCCUCCUAAAAUCACCUGGGCUUUCAACAACAUCAUCAUCCCAGCUCACUAUGACCAUGUGAAUGGACACAGUGAGCUGGUCAUCGAGCGGGUUACCAAAGACAACUCGGGAACCUACUCCUGUAUUGCUGAGAACCGUGUGGGAACCAUCAAGUCCCUGGGCUUUGUCUACGUCAAAGAGCCCCCCAUCAUCGACGGGGACUUCCACUCCAACCGAAUCGAGCCUCUGGGGGGUAACGCCAUCCUAAACUGUGAGGUACGAGGAGACCCCCUGCCCACCAUCCAGUGGAGCAAGAAGGGUGUCAACAUCCAGAUCAGCAACCGUAUCCACCAGCUGGACAACGGUUCUCUGGCCAUCUACGGCACCGUGAAUGAAGAUGCAGGGAACUAUAUGUGUGUGGCCACCAACGAUGCUGGGGUGGUGGAGAAGAGUGUCACUCUCACCCUGCAGAGCUCUCCCUCCAUCACAGUAGAGCCGGUAGAGACGGUGGUAGACGCUGGCACCACGGUGCUACUGAACUGCCGGGCGGAAGGGGAGCCCACUCCUGUCAUCGAGUGGUCCCGCCAGGGGAGCCCUCUCCUGGGCAACGAGCGCUUCACCACCCUGUCCAACGGCUCUCUGAGGCUGACCAGCGCCCAGAAGGAAGACACGGCCGAGUACCAGUGUGUGGCCAGGAACCUCCUGGGUUCUGUGCUGGUCAGAGUCACUCUCACUGUCAGAGUGCACGGAGGGUUCUCAGAGUGGAUGGAGUGGGGCCCCUGCAGUGUGUCCUGUGGUGUCGGGACUCAGCGGAGGCUGAGGCAGUGUAACAACCCCCUGCCUGCCAAUGGGGGUCGCCACUGUGCCAAUUCGGACACAGAGACACGCAGCUGCCAGGGCAAGCCCUGCCCAGUGGAUGGUAACUGGUCAGAGUGGUCAGAGUGGGAAGAGUGUUCUCGUACCUGUGGCCAGGGCAACAGGACCAGGGUGCGCACCUGCACCAACCCCUCCGUGCAGCAUGGGGGCAGACCCUGUGAGGGCAAGGCAGUGGAGGCCAUCAUGUGUAGCAUCAGGCCCUGCCCUGUGGCAGGUAACUGGGGGGCAUGGUUGCCAUGGAGCUCGUGCAGUGAGACGUGCGGUAAAGGGAUGCAGACCAGAGUGCGUCUGUGUAACAACCCCCCUUCCUCAUUCCACGGGCCACCGUGUGAGGGCCCCGACACACAGACACAACUCUGCAAGGAGAGAUACUGUCCUGUGGAUGGGAAGUGGUCAUCGUGGGUGAGCUGGGGGGCCUGCAGUGUCUCCUGUGGGGGUGGAACCAGACAACGGACACGCCUCUGUGCCAGCCCCGCCCCCCAGCACAGGGGCAGGCAGUGUGAGGGUAACGACGUGCACAUCGACUUCUGCAACAGUGACCCGUGCCCUGUUCAUGGUAACUGGGGUCUGUGGAGUAGUUGGGGCAGCUGCAGCAGGACGUGUAAUGGAGGACAGAUGAAGCGCUACAGAACAUGUGACAACCCCAGACCCGCCAAUGGGGGCAGAGCAUGUGCCGGGGCAGACUCACAGAUACAGAGGUGCAGCACAGCCAACUGCCCUGUGGAUGGUAACUGGGGAGCGUGGCAGCCCUGGGGAGAAUGCUCCGCCUCCUGUGCGGGCGGAGAGAGAACUCGAGUCAAACUCUGUAAUAACCCGUCGCCUAGCAACGAGGGCCGCCUCUGCCCAGGAGACUCCACCCAGGUGUCCAGGUGUAACGGCCAAGCGUGUCCAGGUGGGCCUCAGAAGGCGAGAGGUAGCAUCAUAGGAAACAUUAACAACGUGGAGUUUGGAAUUGCCAUCCUCAACGCCACCAUCUCUGACAACCAAUCUGGAGGCAGGGUUAUACAUGCCACCAUCUCCAAUGUGCCUCGGAGCCUGGGCCCAGCUAUGAGGAAGCUGAUCUCCAUCCUGAACUCCAUCUAUUGGACGACGGCUCAGGAGUUAGGGGAGGCAGUGAACGGCUACUCUCUGACCAGAGGUGUGUUCAGACGGGAGACACAGGUGGAGUUUGCCACAGGUGAGAUCCUGAGGAUGACCCAUGUGGCUCGGGGGCUGGACUCAGAUGGAGCACUGCUAUUGGAUAUCGUGCUGAACGGACACAUUCUGCAGCUGCCGUCUAAUGCUGACAUCAGCAUCAAGGACUACACAGAGGACUACAUUCAGACUGGUCCAGGCCAGCUGUAUGCUCUCUCCACCCGGAUGUUCAGUAUUGACCGGGUCAGUGUGCCCUACUCCUGGAACCACACAAUCACCUACGACCCUGCCAAGGGAAAGAUGCCCUACCUGGUGGAGACGCUCCAUGCCUCGGCCAUCAGCGCCCACUACCGCCCCCUAGAGGAAGUCCUGGAAUACAAGCUCCACGCCACCAUCACCAAGGGUGACCGUAGUAACCAGUGUCCCGUUGGCUUCAGGCUGGACUCUGCAGGACCCUACUGUGCAGAUGAGGAUGAGUGUAAGGAGAGGAGCCCUUGUUCUCAUGUCUGUCACAAUGCCAUGGGAACCUACUAUUGCUCCUGUCCCCGAGGACUCACCAUCUCAGCUGACGGCAGGACCUGUCAGGACAUUGAUGAGUGUUCUCUGGGUGGGCACAUGUGCCAUGACGGGCAGGACUGUGAGAACACCAUUGGCUCCUACCGCUGUGUGAUGCGCUGUGGGCGGGGCUUCAGAAGGACAGCCGAUGGACACAGUUGCCAAGAUGUCAAUGAGUGCCAGGAGUCUAACCCGUGUAACCAGCACUGUCUGAACACCAUCGGUAGCUACCGCUGUGCCUGUGAGCCCGGGUACCAACUCAGGAACCGCCGCUGUAUAGACAUAAACGAGUGCAGACAGAGGGUGUGUCGUUCAGACCAGCAGUGUAAGAACAUGCGGGGAAGCUACACCUGUAUUGACCUUUGCCCUGCUGGCAUGACCAAAGGUGCCAACGGGACGUGUGUGGAUAUAGAUGAAUGCAGAGAUGGGACACAUCAGUGCAGAUACAACCAGAUCUGUGAGAACAGCAGAGGGAGCUACCAUUGUACCUGCCCCAGGGGCUAUCGCUCUCAGGGUGUAGGACGCCCCUGUGUGGACAGUAAUGAGUGUGAGCAUGCGCCCCAGCCCUGCGCGCACCAGUGCCUCAACACCCCCGGCAGCUUCAAGUGUGUGUGCCCGCCAGGGCGCCACCUGCUUGGGGAUGGAAAGUCCUGCGCGGGGCUGGAGAAGCUGCCUCCCAGCUACCAGAGCUUCUCAUACGGCUACAGCUCCUCCCAGGACUCCCCUGAGCGGAGCGCCUUCCAGCGCCAGUACCACAGCCUGGCCUCUCAGAGCUACCCCUCCUACGCUGCCACAGGGGGGCGCUAUAGGCAGCGUAGACGCAGGGAGGCCCUGGCCUGUCCGCAGGGGUACGAGGCCAGGGGUGGCCGUUGCCUAGACAUCAACGAGUGUGAGGUGAGGGACACGUGCCAGCAUGAGUGUAUGAACACUCCAGGGAGCCAUAGGUGUCAGUGUCCAGCCGGCUACCGCCUCAUGACCAACGGCAAGACCUGCCAAGAUAUAGAUGAGUGUCUGGAGCAGAAUGUCCAGUGUGGGACCAACAGGAUGUGCUUUAACAUGAGAGGAAGUUACCAGUGUAUCGAUACACCCUGCCCACCUAACUACCAGAGAGACCCAGCAACAGGGUUCUGUCUGAAGAAAUGCCCUCCCAACGACCUGGAGUGUGCACUAAGCCCUUACGCACUGGAGUACAAGCUGCUGUCCCUCCCCUUUGGCAUUGCGGCCAAUCAGGACCUGAUCCGGCUGGUAGCGUACACGCAGGACGGCGUGGUGCACCCCCGUACCUCCUUCCUGGUGGUGGACGAGGACGUGACGUUACCCUUCGCCCUGCGAGACGAGAACCUGAAAGGGGUGCUGUUCACAACCAGGGCCCUCCGAGAGCCCCACACCUUCAGGAUGAAGGUUCGCUCCCUGUCCUACAGUGCUGACGGAGGCAUCGAGUACCAGACCACCUUCAUCGUCUACAUCGCCGUCUCCGCCUAUCCCUACUGAGAGCACUUUAAAGGGGGGGGGCACUGAAAAGGUUGCGACCUCUGUAUGCAGCACCACUGCGAACGAGCAUGUGUGUGGAUGUAUGUGUGUGUGUGUGUGUGGUUGGUUGGUAAAGCUGCCACAUAAGUAAAUGGGAACUAGUAGAAAAAGACUUCGUAUAUGAGAACUACUAAGGUGGGACAGGAGAACAGCACUGCAAUCCCAGGAGGCAGAUUAGGAGAUGACUCAACACUAAUCCCUGGUGCACACCAAAGAGUUUACAGAAUAGCGAGUUCCCCUCGGAUGGAAGUAAACAUCUAUUUAUUGGCCAGAUAACCUAAGUAGAAUCCUGUUCUCUCCAAUGUUAAGGGUCUUUGUGGAACUAUAAUGAAUUGUUUGACCCUCUUGUACUUUACACUGCCCUCUCCCAUCCACAAGGUGUUGUGAUCUUUACAGAUGACCCAGACUGCUUCUCCAGGUCCCAUGAUGAGUCCACCGUUGGUCCAGAAUGUAGUCUUCCUCCCCUCCUCCUCUCCUCAGGCUUAAAGUGGUAGAGACAAGAAACAUUAGCUAGCCUUUAUUUACAUCUACCUAUUAACUUAUUGGGAAGUGCUUGAAUACCAAAAAAAAGGGUCAGUUCCCUCCUUUGCGUAACUCUUUGGCUGGUUGGUCGCAAAAUGUUGUGACAUCAGACCGGAGAACAGAGCAAGUCAUUUGAUUGGUCUGAAAUGGUGCCUGUAGAGACUUGUUGGCGAGAGGAGUUUGGCUGUGUAUCAGUCAGACUUAGAUCGACAUUGCACCAUUGUAUCACAUCUCUAUGGUCAAACUCUUGCCCACCUCAGGUAAUCACCCCUCUUCCUCAUCCCCAGAGUACACAACACACUCCAUUACCUGUGUGUCUGAUAGGAACAGUAGUGGUCAUUACUUCAUUACAGUCAAUACAAUCACAACAUUAAAGGUUCAUAGGAUUCUUUUAACCACUUCCUCCUUAGUCAGUUACCAAGAUGUAUUCUAUUUUAUGAUUUGUAUAGAAGUGUUGGAUUUUUCUUGUAAUGUAUUUCUAUACUGUAUUUUACUGUAUUACAUUUUUAUAAAAAAUAAAAGAUAUACAAUCAUGAUAA